CGCCCUCUUUGCUCAAGUGCACCAUGUUUUUGGCUUAUUGAUCUCUUUAGUUCCGUUAUUAACAACUAAACGCUCACCGUAUCGAUUCCUUACUUAGAACAACUCUAUGAUAUGAUUUUAUGUCGCGCAGUGGUAAUCGUGCCAAUGGCUAAGCCUUCGUUUAUCAGAGCAGAGCAACCGAUGGCUCCAGAUCUCGCAGCCGACCGUGCAAUCCUCGGCGGUGGAGGUGCCCCUCGCCGCCGCGACAUUGUGUUUGUUGUGAAUCCCCGAGGAGCUAAUGGAAGGACUGGCAAGGAGUGGAAGAAACUGUUGCCUUACCUGAGGUCUCGUCUCGGUUCUGAUUGUAACAUAUGUGAAUCUUUGACUUCUGGUCCUUGUCAUGCCAUUGACAUUACAAGGGAGGCUAUACGCGAGGGUGUUGAUGCUGUGAUUGCUGUUGGGGGUGAUGGAACUCUUCAUGAGGUUGUUAACGGCUUUUUCUGGGCUGGGAAACCUGUUUCUAAUCAUGAUCAGAAGGCUGUCCAUACAACUGCUCUUGGCCUUAUUCCCUUGGGGACUGGUUCAGAUUUUGCCAGAACAUUUGGCUGGAAGAAUGAUCCUCAUUAUGCCAUUGAACGCAUUGCCAAAGGGUUUAGAUCUCAAGUUGAUGUUGGAGUUAUUAGUGGAGAAAGUGGAGAACCACAUUAUUUUAUAAAUGUUGCUGAUAUUCAUCUGAGUGCAAAGGCUGGUUAUUAUGCUUCAAGAUACAAGAAGUUUGGAAAUCUCUGUUAUGUUAUUGGUGCUUUGCAAGCGUUUUUCGAUCAUCAUAACAAGGACCUUAGAAUAAAGGUUGAUGAUGGUGAUUGGGAAGUAUACUCCCAGGUCACAGCUCUCUGCAUUGGGAAUGCCAAAUAUUUUGGCGGUGGAAUGAAGAUUUCACCGAAUGCCCACCCGACUAGCAGGAACUUUGAGGUGGUUGUUCUUCAGGACUUCAAAUGGUAUGACUUCAUUCUCAAACUACAUAAGCUAUACAAUGGGACACACUUGUCUGUGAAAAAUGUAUCUUCAAGAAGAGCAUGUUCUAUUGAAGUUGAAGAGGUUGGUAGCAGUUGCAGUAUUUUCGUCCAGUCAGAUGGGGAAUACUUGGGGUUCCUCCCAAGAAAGUUUACCAUUUUACCCGGUGCUAUUGAGAUGAUAUGCUAACAUCUCCCUCGAAAGACAGUAUGAAGAAACAGUGCAUAUGAUGACUGUUUUCUAUCAGCAUCACUAGAUUGAAGAUACUUUUACAUCCCUACAUGGUGACAACAUACGAAGACAAGAAACUUUCUACAACAGCAUACGUUCUUGGGAUGAGUUGGGAGCUGAUUAAGAGCAAGGACCAACUUGGAGUUAAGAUAGCAUUGUAAGCUGAUUAAAAGCAAAGAGGCCGAAGGGAUGUAACAUAAUAAAACAUUAUUUAGUGAUAUAUUCUCUGUAAAAUUGUAUGUUUCUCAUACUAUAGAACAGCCCUGCUUCUUUCUGUAGUGUUGUAUCCUUGUUCGACAUGCCGGACUUACACAGACUGACUAUGGUGCUUUGUGAUUUUGGUUGAGCAGAAUCCUUCUGAACUGUUCUCAUGCAACGCCACAUUGUGAAUUCAA